AUGAGACCGGCCCCGAACCCAUUUAAGGCUUUGACUCUACUGAACCGCCAACAAUGGCUUUUCUUCGCAGUUGCUUUCGCUGGAUGGACAUGGGACGCCUUCGACUUCUUCACCGUCUCCCUCACAACCUCUCAGCUAGCUAAAGCCUUCGACAAAUCUGUCACAGACAUCACCUGGGGAAUCACUCUAGUUCUAAUGCUCCGAUCCGUCGGCGCUAUCACCUUUGGAAUCGCCUCUGAUCGCUGGGGCCGUAAAUGGCCAUUCGUCGUCAACCAGCUACUCUUCGUCGUUCUCGAGCUCGGUGCCGGUUUCUGCCAAACAUACAAGCAAUUCCUGGCCUGCCGAGCUCUGUUCGGAAUUGCUAUGGGUGGUCUAUACGGAAACGCAGCUGCCACCGCCCUCGAGGAUUGUCCCUCCGAGGCUCGUGGUAUUGUCUCCGGUCUCCUGCAGCAAGGUUACGCCUUCGGAUACCUACUCGCGACAGCAUUUGCUCGGGGCUUAGUUGAUACUACGCCUCACGGUUGGCGUCCGUUGUAUUGGUUUGCAGCCUGCCCGCCUGUUUUGAUUAUUGCUUUCCGUCUUUGCUUGCCUGAGACGGAGACUUUCAAGAGGAGACAGGAGACACGAAAGGAGGUGCGUGGCGGUGUUGCGGCAUCGUUUAUGUCCGAGGGAAAAGUAGCUUUGAAGCGUCACUGGCUUUUGCUGAUUUACCUCGUCUUGCUGAUGGCUGGAUUCAAUUUCAUGUCUCACGGUUCCCAAGAUCUUUACCCUACCAUGCUGCAGAACCAAUUCCAAUUCUCCAAGAAUGCCGUGACGGUAACGCAGGUCGUCGCCAACCUGGGAGCGCUGACUGGCGGCACUCUAUGCGGUUGGGCUAGUCAGAUCUUUGGUCGUCGCUUCUCUAUUAUCGUCAUUAGCAUUGUUGGCGGUGCUCUGCUAUACCCAUACACUUUUGUCACGAGCCAUAACGUCAUCGCAGCGGCGUUCUUCGAACAAUUCAUGGUGCAGGGUGCCUGGGGUGUGAUCCCUAUCCACCUGAUGGAGUUAUCCCCCGGUUCAAUCCGCACCUUUGCCGUCGGCACAGCCUACCAGCUCGGUAACCUUGUUUCGUCAGCCAGUUCGACGAUCGAGUCGACGAUUGGCGAGCGGUUCCCACUGCCACCAACCGCGGAGGCUGCCAAGCGCUACGAGUACGGCAAGGUCAUUUGUAUCUUUAUGGGUUGUGUCUUUGCGUAUGUUAUUCUGAUCACGCUGGCUGGACCUGAGCGUCUGGGUCGUAACUUUGAUGCGGAGCAUGAUGCCGAUUUGGCGGAGGUUGCUGCUCAUCGUGGUAUGGAUCGUGAUGAGAGUGAUCCUGAGAAGGCGACUGCGCGACACAUUUAG